UUCAGAUGCGCACUUCGGAGUGCGCGGACCUCACUUUGGGAAUUGGGACACGACACAGUCAGCGUUUAGUCAAGCUCGUGCCACUGUGUCGCUGUCUGAAGCCAUAAUGCGCUUAACAACGCUGUUUAUCGUUGUCCUCUGCGCUUAUCAAGUUUGCUCACUGCCGAGUAACAUUUCAGGAGAAAGUUCUAGACAACUGGAUGCAGAAGAGGGUACAGCUGUUUCACCGAGAACAGCUGCAAAAGGGCCAAAAAGUAAUGAUGUAGACGCUUCAAAUAAUAAUGAUCCAGAUUACAAAAUAGGUGAAAAACCAAAUGAAGAACAGAAGAACCCAUCUGCCAGCAAUGAAGGAAGUAAUAAGGAAAUUGCCCCUCAAACUCCUGAAGAAACUCAAAGCAAAAAGAAUGAAGCAAACAAUGAAAAGAGUCAAACCCUAACUGACGGUGUUAAUGAAAACACACCCCUGGAAAAUGCUAACAGAGAUGAAGCUGAGUCAAAUAAUGAAGGAAAAGACAAGCUGCCCGUACUUGCCCAAAAUGAAACAGACAAUCCAAAAAACACAGAUGAAACUGAUGAAGCUGCACCGAAAGAAGAGGCUAAAGAGAAGAUGACCUCAGCUGAACUAAAUAAAGAGGAUGAUGCACAAGCAGGCUCUAAACCUGCUGAAGGUGGUGGAGAAAAACCAAAAGAUGAUGGAACAGGUCAAGAGGAGCAUAAAGACGUUGUAGGUGAACCAACUGGUGAAAAAGGUGACGAGAAGCCGACCAUAGCUGACCAAAAAGAAGAGGCUGAAGACAAUAAGAACUCUGAACCUUCUGAAGAGGGUGAAGAUGAAACCGAUGGCAAGAGUGAAGAGAAGUCAGCUGGACCUGAGAUCCCUACAGACGAAGACGUACAAAAUGGUGAUUCAGCAAAUGGACCUGAAGAAGGUGAAGGUGAAGGUGAAGGUGAAGAUACUGUUGAUGAAUCUUCAAAUGAACAGGAUACGUUUAACAGCAAAACAGAAAAGAAGGACAAUAAAGUGAAAGCUUAUCAACAAGAGGAGAGUGCAGAGAACAGCCACUUCUUUGCCUAUCUGGUCUGUGCCGUUAUACUGGUGGCUGUGCUGUAUAUCGCCAGUCACAACAAGCGCAAGAUCAUUGCCUUCGUCUUUGAGGGCCGGAGAUCAAGAGGCACACGGAGACCCAAGUCAUCUGAUUACCACAAACUCGACCAGAGUUGAGAAAACCCAGUCAGAUGAAUCAGCGGUGGAUGAAUCUAAAUACUUGAAGUGUGAUUUUGAAACUUUAAUUAUCCAUAAUGAGGCAUAUAUCACCACUCAUAAACAUUGCACAGCAACUGUCACUAACUCAUCCAAAAUGAUAUUAAUAAUGACAAAUUCUCAUCCAUCCUUAGCAUGUCAGGUAUGUUGAAAACAAUGUCUCUUGUAGUUCUAAAAUGUCCGGGAUGAUCUUCAGUCAGGUUUAGCGUGUUACAAACACAUAUUGGACAUAUUGCAGAUGUUGGUACUGUGGCCUCUCGUUCUAUUUAAAUUCCAAGCCUUUUUUGGGUAGAGUUACGUGGUUGUCUUUGUUUUUUCUUUUUCUCAAUUUAUUGCUGGGCGAAAUAUGUAAUACCGAAGGGACCGAUAUGUAUAUUUUUGAAAGUAUAUGUUGGCUGCUUUUUCAUGAAGAUGAAUGACGUUUAAUAAGAUUGGGAAUGAUUGAGUUUUGAAAUGUUCUUCUUGACACUUCUUGAGCACUUCUUGAAGCUGAUCGCACACAUUUAUGGGACAGGUGAAUUCUUUCUACAGGUGUGGAUUAGAAAAGGAGUGGCAAGCUUUUGUUCUUCUGUUAAAGAUGUUCAAAACACCAUGAAAGCAUCUUAACCGCUCUAUGAAUGCUAAAUUAGCUUUGAAGGGCUCAACACAAAGGAUUUUAUUUGCUGGCCCAGUCAGACCAGUUCAGAUUCAUACUUGCCCUUUUCACUGGCCCAAGAACAAAAAUAAUUUAAUGCGUCAGAAAGAAAUGUUUUUUAUAUAUAUAAUUUUUUUUUUUUCAAAAAAGACUCAUUUAUUAGGGUUUAAAGCAAUUUAAAUACAUUUAAUUGCAUACAGUGUGCACACCAUCUAUGCUGUGAGGUGUUUGAGUCCGUUUAGUCUGUUUAUAUUGUAUUUGAAUUUAUCAGUCAGGGGUUCGGUUGUGGUUUUUUAAAUGGACUGCAUUUGGACACUUUGAGGAAAAAACACUACAGCCCUGAUUUUGACGAGUUGCACUUUUCAUUCUUCUAAAAGCUUUGACUCAAGUGACUUUAAUGUUGAAAGAAGCCAUCCAGUUCUGCAGUCAGUCCACUGUUUAGCUGAUGAAGAAGCCACCGUUGUUUGAAAGAUAUGGUGUACAGUAGGAUUAUAAUUACCCACGCUUGAUUUAUGAAGCAAGAUUUCUGUGCCAAAUCUAGAUAAUGCCCAGGAAUGAGAAACAAACGGAUAUAUAUUCAUACUCCUCUUAUCCUAAAAGUGGGAAAUAUUGUGGAUGUUUUAUUUGGCGUGAUGUACAACAACUAUCACACCCCUGAUAUGCCUAUAUUGAGAUUCCCGCUGUAUUCUCCGUUAAGCCUGUGAUUGAUGAUUUGACAUUUAACCAGUGGCUUUGCACAACCACUUUUCUUGAAAUUCUGGACCUAUUUUGAAUUAUUAUGUGGGUAAAAAUAUAUGAAGGGGGUUUAACUUACCUAUUUACUGUGGUCAAUCUUUUAUCACUAUUGAAACAUUUGUGAUACAAAACAAGUGAUAUUCUUUCUACUCUGAAAAGAGAUGGAAUAAAGGUUUGACUUUUCCUCUGA